AUGUUUACUUCUCUCUCGACCUUCAAUGAUGACAUCUCUGCUUGGGAUACUUCCAAGGUUACAGACAUGAGCUAUAUGUUUUAUAAUGGGAGAACCUUCAACCGAGACUUGUCGUUAUGGAAUACGUCAAAAGUUACCAACAUGGAACACAUGUUUCAUUCUGCCCAAGCAUUCAAUCAAAAUAUUGGGAGGUGGGAUACCUCCCAAGUGACUUCCAUGUCGAACAUGUUUAAUUCUGCACAAGAAUUCAAUAAAGACUUGUCAGAGUGGGAUACAUCCCACGUCACAGCCAUGAAUAGCAUGUUUGCAGAUGCCCCAGGCUUUAAUCAGCCUAUUGGCAAAUGGAAUACCUCCCAAGUCACAACGAUGCAAAUCAUGUUCUCCAGGGCAAGAUCCUUCGAUCAAGAUUUGUCAGAAUGGGACGUCUCUGCCGUUAGAGACAUGUUUCAAAUGUUCUAUUUUGCAGAAGCAUUCAAUCGACCUCUCAACAAAUGGAAUACACCACAAGUUGUCGACAUGAGAAACAUGUUUCGUGGUGCCAAAGUAUUCAAUCAAGAUAUUUCAUCAUGGGAUACCUCACAAGUUCUGAAUAUGGGCAGCAUGUUCAAUCAAGCUCAUGUAUUCAAUCAACCCCUCAACAGUUGGAAUACUAAGUCUGUGCUAAAAAUGGAGGAAAUGUUUUCGCAAGCCACAGCCUUUAAUCAACCUCUUGGCGAUUGGAAUACGGCGAAAGUCAGUGUAAUGAGGAGAAUGUUUUACAAUGCAACCUCCUUUGAUCAGGACCUUUCGUCUUGGAACAUUUCUUCCGUCACAAGGAUGUCUGGGAUGUUUGAAGGUGCGACUUCGUUUGAUCAAAUGCAAGUGUGCAAUUGGGGUGACGACUGGAGAAGCAACUUUGAAUCCUUGUGUAAUAAUACUGCAACGGCUCCUCCAACAUCAUUUGGUGAUUCAGCAACAGCUCCUCCAACAUUGGACGACAACGGCGAACCGGACGAUAACGGAAACGGCGUCCCUUGCACCUCAGACUGUAAGUGCUUUGAAAGUCGCGACGAGUUGAAGGAAGCUGUGGAUGGAUAUGUCGCGAGUGAUUGUACGAGUGUUGCUCGUUCCUCCACUGGUUUGCCAUGCUCCGCGAAGGAAGCGAUAGCGGCAAUAUACGGGGCGUCCAUGGGAUCUUGGUGUGUGUCCUCAGUGAAUGACAUGUCAUACCUGUUUGCGUCCAUGACAAAAUUCAAUGAAGACAUAUCAGACUGGGAUGUGUCGUCCGUUGUGACAAUGGAGGGUAUGUUUCAAAAUGCCGCGGCAUUUGAUCAAGACUUGUCAUUGUGGAAUGUAUCUUUGGUCACAACCACGAACGGCAUGUUUGAGGGUGCAGUAUCCUUUCAACUAGACAGCCUGUGUUCUUCUAGUAGUGCCAAUAAGUGGAAGGAAUUACUGGACUUGCAGCAGUGUCGCCCCACGAGUGCAGCUGAGUGUAGCUUUUGCUUCAAAGAUGACGAAGUUGCUGACUUGACUGACGCCACGCCAAAGGUGGGUUCCAUUACACGCUCCUGUUUGGAUCUAAAGGCUGAGUUUGAAAUCCGAAAGGAGAGCCUCAGCAAGGAUGGGGCCGAAGAGCAGUGCAUUGAAUUUCAAUCGGAGGGAUAUCUAACUGGUUGCUGCAACCAAUUCAACCCAUCAGACAUUUGUGGACGCUGCUUUGAUGGUAGUAUUUCUGGUGAUAACCGAAACGAUCCCCCUUUCACUCGGAGGUGCAAGUCCUUUGAAAGUAGCAUUGAAUUGAAGGAUGUCGUGACUCUGUUUGUAACGAGCGACUGCACCAGUGUUGCUCGUUCCUCCUCCGAUGGCGUGUCUUCUUGCUUCGACAAGGAAGCGAUAGCGGCAAUUUACGGGGCGUCCAUGGGAUCUUGGUGUGUGUCCUCAGUGAAUGACAUGUCAUACCUGUUUGCGUCCAUGACAAAAUUCAAUGAAGACAUAUCGGACUGGGACGUGUCAUCCGUGGUGACAAUGGAGGGUAUGUUUCAAAAUGCCGCGGCAUUUGAUCAAGACAUAUCAUUAUGGAAUGUAUCUUUGGUCACAAAUAUGGACGGCAUGUUUGAGGGUGCAAUAUCCUUCCAACUGGACAGCCUGUGUUCUUCUAGUAGUUCCAAGUGGAAGGAACUAUUGGACUGUUGGCAGCAGUGUGCCCCCGAGAGUGGCGGAGCUGCAAUCGAAACUUUUGGCAUUCUUGCCUUUGCUGGAUUAUUCUUAUUUUGUGCCUUGAUUUGA